AUACCGGUUAUUGUCUUGGCUGACCCGCCUUUACAGGCAGAUAUCAUGAUCAGAAGCUCCAUCAGACUGUCAUUGAUCUUGCUGCUUCCACUCUGCACAAUAUACACAUCUUGGUUUCGAACUGAGACACCAAUAUUGACCAGUGUCUCUCCAUUGCUGAAUUUCCGGAGCUCAGCAGGUGCGGGGAUAGCACCUAGACGCUCGCAGAUAGAUUCUGUCAAGGUCGGGUGGGAUGUCCCUGAGAAGAUCUGCACACCUCGCAUGGUGAUUGAUGGUUAAUUUGAGUUGAAUCCCCCGGUGGACCAGCUCAUGGAGGUGAGUUAUAAUAAAUAGAAGGUUUGUUAGGAAAGAUUGACAUCUUCAAUGAAGAAGACAAAAGGACUGGAGAUAGAGGAAGAGGAAGAAAAGAAAAAAUGGCGGAUGCGGGAUGAAAAUAGUCAGUGGUGGUCUGUGCUCCUUCUGGCCAAUCGUGGCUCAUGAAGCUCUCCGCAGACAAUUGUUUCUUCAAGACAUCAUCCUCGAUUAACUCACUUCAACUACGUUACUCACUAUCAAAGAUGUCCCAAAAAUUCCCUGAAGUCCAAGGAGGAGGAUCUCUUAUUGUUGCCUGGCAGGUCAGGAAUAAAAAUGUCCUCGUUGUCGGCGGUGGUGAGGUAGCAUCAGGCCGUAUCCUGCAUGCCCUCAAUGCCGAUGCCAAUGUGACAGUUGUCUGCCCCAGCUCAGGUCUGAAUGAAGAAGUCGCUUACCGCGUUGCCGAAAACCAAGUGUCGCAUAUCGACCGCAAUUUCGAGCCUCACGAUCUCGAUAACGCUGAUAUGGUGCUUUGCGCAAUUGAUGAUCCAGAAGCUUCAACACAAGUUUGGAAAUUGUGCAAAGAGCGCCGUAUACCUGCAAAUAUUGCCGAUGUUCCCCCAGAAUGCGAUUUCUACUUUGGCAGCAUGCAUCGGGAUGGACCGCUCCAGAUCAUGGUUAGUACGAAUGGAAAUGGGCCGAAACUGGCCAAUAUAGUCAGACAGAAAAUCGCCAGUGCACUUCCGCAGAACACUGGAGCUGCUAUUGAGAAUGUGGGCUUGUUACGCAAGAAGCUGCGGGCGAUUGCUCCAGAUGCCAACGAAGGGCCCAAGCGAAUGAAAUGGAUGUCGAAUGUUUGCGUGUCGUGGUCAUUGGAAGAUCUCGUAGCCAUGACUGACAAGGAUAUGGACGGUCUUCUAACACAUUAUCAAUCGGGAGACGUUCCCAGUCUCCAGGAUAUUCGUGCGGCAUUGUCGUGAGACAGUUCUGUCUAUCACCUUGAUAGCCUAUCUUGGACCAGUUAAAUCUAAAAGUCCAUACCGCCACUAAUACGCAAGAUCGACAAGCUCAAGCGAUCCGCAUCCAGCCAAGAUCAGGUCACUCGCAGUCUUAGGCAGAAACAAUGGGUAGACAGUCCUGAUUGGAUUAGAAUAUCACAUCAUCACACGAACCCAUUUGUGAUACGACUUCACCUGUGUGCAAAAUCCAGGCGCAAUAAAUCGAUGAAGUACCAGCAGGCUUUGUAUGUUGUUCUUGAUGAUCCGUAUUCGCAUAUCUGCAAGGUCUUUUUUCCCGGUUAGAAGUUGUUUGAUCUACAGCAGGUGGCUUUGAAAACUUGGUGAACUUUGAGUCCGACGCUAUCCAUGGAUUUAUUGUAGCAAAACCGCGUUUUACAUGCUACAUAGAUAAAACAAAAGAUCAAGAUAUAUAUCACCAUAUCAUAGUAAUUUUGAUACUGCCG